AUGAACAUGAUAGAAAAGCUCUGGGACCAGACUAUAGAACAGAUCUGGGACCAGACUAUAGACCAGACUAUAGAACAGAUCUGGGACCAGGCUAUAGAACAGAUCUGGGACCAGGCUAUAGAACAGAUCUGGGACCAGACUAUAGAACAGACUAUAGAACAGAUCUGGGACCAGGCUAUAGAACAGAUCUGGGACCAGACUAUAGAACAGAUCUGGGACCAGGCUAUAGACCAGAUCUGGGACCAGGCUAUAGAACAGAUCUGGGACCAGGCUAUAGAACAGACUAUAGAACAGAUCUGGGACCAGACUAUAGAACAGAUCUGGGACCAGGCUAGAGACCAGGCUAUAGAACAGAUCUGGGACCAGGCUAUAGAACAGAUCUGGGACCAGGCUAUAGAACAGAUCUGGGACCAGGCUAUAGAACAGAUCUGGGACCAGGCUAUAGAACAGAUCUGGGACCAGGCUAUAGAACAGAUCUGGGACCAGACUAUAGAACAGAUCUGGGACCAGACUAUAGAACAGAUCUGGGACCAGCUAUAG